CGAAUUGUACACUUGGGUUAUGUGCAGUUUCUUGCAGGUCAAUACCUCCAUCAGUUGUCUUUAAAAAAGAGAAAGGUAAUCUCACGUCCAGAGUGACACGGAUGGUAAGUGGCAGAGAGCGAUUCAAAUGCGGAAGUCCGCACGCACCUAGAGCCCCAUGUUUUCAGUCCCUGAGCUCCCGGUGACGAGAGCCCUCAGGAAAGUGCUGGAAAAGGGCAGAGGCCGAGCGCGCGGGUCGCGGCCGAGUUAACGAUUACCGGUGGGCGGGCCCUCGCCGUCCCGCCCCGCCCCUCCCGCUGCCCCGAGGGCCCGGCGCCGCCCCGCUGCCCGGCCGCCACCUGCCGCUCGGCCGCGUCCGCACCUGCGCCCGCCAUGGCUGGGAAAGCACACAGGCUCAGCGCCGAGGAGAGGGACCAGCUGCUGCCAAACCUGAGGGCCGUGGGGUGGAACGAGCUGGAAGGCCGAGAUGCCAUCUUCAAGCAGUUCCAUUUCAAAGACUUCAAUCGGGCUUUUGGCUUCAUGACAAGGGUGGCCCUGCAGGCGGAGAAACUGGACCACCACCCCGAAUGGUUUAACGUGUACAACAAGGUCCACAUCACCCUGAGCACCCAUGAGUGUGCCGGCCUUUCAGAACGGGACAUAAACCUGGCCAGCUUCAUCGAACAAGUGGCGGUGUCCAUGACAUAGGCCCUGCCCUUCCUCUUUGAAAUCUUCAGGGCAGUGGGGGGACUGAAUUGGGAAUCCAGGGAGGGAACCGGGGAGCCGGGAGAUGUUCUACACAGAAUUGCCAAGUGGACCCCCCCACAGCCUCUGUUGAGUGGAGGGUCCUUGCUGUGGAAGGAGGAGAUGCCGCCUCACUGCUGACCCCUCUUCAUCCCCAGCACUCUGUUACAUGUAUGCUGAUUGAGGACGAUCUUCCCGUUCUGCAGGACUUCGCAGCAACAGUAAUGGUCUUGCCAGGCUGUGUCUUGCUCCCUUUCUAAUUCAUUUCCCAAGAAGCUGUGUCUCAGAUGCACCGUCUUAUCUUAGAAACCAGGACCCUAACAUCAACCCCCCGGUAUGUGACCGAAACACGCGUGCUUUUAUGCCUCAAAUAAAACUCGUUUCACUCGGCCUCAA